GUGAUCCAGAAUUAUUUAAUGAAAAAGCCCAACUAGUAUUGCAGCGCACACUAAGAAGAAAAACGAACAGUAAUGUUGCUAAAAAUAUAGUAUUAAUUGUGGGAGAUGGAAUGAACUUGGCAACAAUAGCAGCGGCUAGGAUAUUGAAAGGUCAAAAGGCAGGUCGAAGUGGCGUAGGGGAGGAGAUGAUCUAUGAAGCUUUUCCUAAUGUUGGACUUGCUAGGACGUAUGCCACCGAUAAGUAUGUCCCAGAUUCAGCUUCCACAGCAACAGCUUUUCUGUGUGGAGUGAAAACCAUAUACGAAGGAGUUGCAGUCACUGAUAAAGUGAAGCAUUCAGACUGUUCAAGCGUACCUGGUACGGAGGUCAGGUGCAUUGGAGAAUGGGCAAUGGCUGAAGGAAAAUCUGUUGGCUUGGUUACAAAUAUGCGAGUGACACAUGCAACACCAGCUCCUUUAUAUGCACAUAGUCCUGAUAGAUGGUGGGAAUUCGACAGCAACAUCAAAAACGAAGGCGAUCGUCUAAUGUGCAAAGACAUUGCCCGACAACUGGUUGAGAACUACCCGGGCAAAAACUUGCAAGUGAUAUUAGGUGGUGGACGUGAAGGUUUAAUGUCUAACACAACGUUUGAUCCGGAAUAUCCCGAGAAACGAGGCAAAAGGGGAGAUCAUCGUCAGCUUAUUGAGGACUGGAAAAAACUCAGGGAACAAAAUAAACAGAAACAUCGCUAUGUUUGGAAUAAAAAAGAAUUUGAAAAAGUGGAUCCUAAAAAAAUAGAUUACCUCCUAGGACUUUUUGAACCCGCUCACAUGUAUGAUGUGACAGACAGGCCGGAUCAGAAAUCAGACUUUGACGAACCUACCUUAGCUGAAAUGACUAAGAAAGCAAUAAAGAUUCUCUCAAAAAACAGUAAAGGUUUUUUCUUACUUGUGGAAGGAGGCCUUAUAGACAAGAGGCAUCACAGCGGUAAGGCAGUGAGAGCCGUUUCUGAAGCUCUCGACUUGGAGAAUGCUGUCCGUGUGGCCUUGGACUACACUUCCAGAGAAGACACUCUGGUUAUAGUAACAUCUGACCAUUCCCAAGGAAUGGUUUUCGCUGGAUACGCACCUGUUGGAACUGAUAUAUUUGGAAUAGCUGAGAUUUCAAACGUGGAUCGUAUGCCAUAUACAUCUCUGAUGUACACUUCUGGUCCCGGAUACAAAAUUACAGACAAAGGCAGGUCAAAUAUAACAGGUGUUAAUACAGCAAAUAAAGACUAUCUGCAGCAAGCAACUGUACCACGAUCCUCAGCAUCACACGGAGGCGAAGAUGUUGGUGUGUACGCUAUAGGACCCAUGGCUCAUCUUUUUACUGGCGUGUAUGACCAGCAAUACAUAGCACACGCUAUGGCCUAUGCUGCUUGCAUCGGCCGCAAUAAAGAACACUGUCAAGGACCCAAUGAAUACAGAAGUCCUAAUGAAGCUCAUCGUUCUCAUUUAUGGAAAUGGUGGAUACAAGUGCUAGUUGCUUUAACAAUUGUGGUGAUUUAUUAAAGACAUGUACUCCUUGUUGAAAAUUUAGGAAUUCAAUCACUACAAUGUGCCUAAUGUCUGACGUGUAAAUGAUAAGCAUGUACAUAUGUUUUUAGUUGUAUAUUUUGUGCGUUCAAAUAAAAUUUACCUCCAUUAA